AUGUCCAGGAAUGACGGACGUGAUCCUCUCCUGGCUGGGCCUCAGAGCCUGGACGAGCUUGAAUCGCAAUCUUUGCUUACGGACACACCUGACGGAGAAGCUGACCUUGUAAUUCAUCCAGCUCCAGUCAGUCCAUCCCCGAUUUCGCCUUCCGUUCCCAGUCCUGCGAUAGCUCAACCUGCCCCCGACGGACAGCGUCGCACUCCUCGCACCACAAAUCGCGUUCGCUUUGACAUUGACGAUGAAUCGGAAGGGGAUAGUCGGUCAGAUCGCCAUGCCCGUGUCUCAGAGGAUCCAUCGUGGCUGGACGACGAGGAUUAUGCGCGCGCGCACCACGACCAGUCAGAGAGAAACGGCAGGGGGCCGAUGAUACCUUUGCUGACUGACAUGGAAGCUCCCAGCGUGACACUCGCAACGUCUGAAGACUUCUUUCCCGAAGAACACCUGGAGAGCGCAAGACCAAGGAGUGGAAUGCAGAUGGCGUUCAUGAACAUGGCGAACAGUAUCAUUGGGGCCGGGAUCAUUGGGCAGUCGUACGCUCUUCGACAGUCUGGCAUGAUGAUGGGAAUAGUCCUUCUAACUGCGCUCACCGUCGCGGUUGACUGGACAAUUCGUUUGAUCGUGGUCAAUUCCAAAUUGAGUGGCGCAGACUCGUUUCAGGCGACGAUGCAGCAUUGCUUUGGUAGAAGUGGUCUCAUUGCUAUCUCAAUUGCUCAAUGGGCUUUUGCAUACGGCGGGAUGAUUGCUUUCUGUAUUAUCGUGGGGGAUACCAUUCCACAUGUGUUGACCGCUUUGCUUCCUUCUCUUCGAGAUAUGGCAUUCCUUUGGCUUCUUACCGAUAGACGGGCCAUCAUCGUGCUUUUUGUCAUGGGCAUUUCGUAUCCCCUGUCAAUGUAUCGGGACAUCGCUAAGUUGGGGAAAGCAUCCACGUUGGCAUUGAUAAGCAUGAUAGUCAUCGUGGUCGCUGUGAUCACCCAAGUAUUCCGCGUCCCUCAAGAAACCCGCGGCGAUGUGAAGGGCUUGCUUUGGGUGAAUUCUGGGUUUUUCCAGGCUGUUGGUGUAAUAUCAUUCGCCUUCGUCUGCCAUCAUAAUAGCCUUCUUAUCUACGGAUCGCUCAAAAAACCGACCAUGGAUCGCUUUGCCAUGGUAACACAUUACUCUACUGGGGUUUCUUUGCUCAUGUGUCUGACUAUGGCCCUCACUGGCUUCCUUGCAUUUGGGUCCAAUACCCAGGGAAAUGUGUUGAACAAUUUUCCGUCGGACAAUAUCAUGGUCAACAUAGCGCGACUUUGCUUCGGUUUGAAUAUGCUCACAACACUGCCACUGGAGGCAUUUGUCUGUCGAUCUGUCAUGUUGACCUAUUACUUCCCGGAUGAACCCUUCAACAUGAACCGUCAUUUGCUGUUCACUACUGCCCUCGUCUUGUCGUCAAUGCUUAUUUCCCUGAUCACCUGCGAUCUCGGGGCAGUGUUCGAACUGAUCGGGGCCACCAGCGCGGCUGCUCUGGCUUACAUCUUCCCUCCUCUUUGCUACGUCAAACUGAGCACUGCAAGCCGGAAGGAGAAGCUACCUGCAUACUUGUGCAUAGCGUUCGGCAUUAUAGUUAUGGGGGUUAGCUUGCUGCAGGCGGUUGUGAAGAUGAUAAGAGGCGAGAGCGGCUCCGGUACCUGCAGCACAUAA